UUUUGCAAAGCGAGUUUGAUUUUCUUCAUUUCAAGAUGGACUCUUUACUGCAAAACUACAACAGUGACGACGAGCAGGAGGAUCAACAGGAUUUUUCACCGGACAGGGAACCGCCUACCGGGCAAGCCAUCCGUAAAAAAUCGACACCAUCUUCGGACAGCCACGAAGCAAAAAAGCGAAAGCUCGGAACUGGCGAUGAUCGUGGGAAGCUCAAGAAAUCAAGUAGCAGAUCCAAAGAUGAUUUGAAGAAAAGUAUCAGCAAGGAUAAACCCAGCAAGAAGCACUCCAAAAAGAAGCGUUCUCGUUCAUCAUCUUCGUCUUCAAGCGACAGCCGUGAUUCAUCACGCUCGUCUUCAUCAUCGUCAUCAUCUUCAUCCUCGUCCUCUGAUUCGGACUCGAGCAGCGCCGAUGGCGACAGUGACCACGAUGAUCGGAAAUCGCAUAAAAAGUCAAAGAAAUCAUCAACCGGCAAGUCUCAACAGUCAUCUUCCGCUGUUAGGCACUGCAGCGAAAAACCGGCAAAGAUUCUGUCACCAUCACCGGAUCGUCGGACAAUCAAAGAGAACCCUGCUAAAUCGAGUCACAGUAAUGCGGAGAAAAAGAGAAGUCCAGUAGAAUCGGAGAAACACCGUGACCGGUACGAAAGUAAACGGAAUGACAGGGAAAAGGAUCGUCGUGAUCGAGACUACCGAGAUCGAGAUCGAUCAACGAGGCACCACUAUCAACGUGAUCAGGACGAUAAGCGAGUCAGAGGUCGACGUGAUAAAUAUUCGAGCCGAGGAGGCGGAGGCGGUAGUUACAGGGAUGAUAAGCGAGAUAGACGUGAAAAGUACGAUCGAAACGAUAGGAAAGAUCGCGACCGCAGUCGAGAUCGGAAGGAUAAGAGGGAUUACGACAGAGAUCGCCAUCACAGAAGCUCUUCGUCUCAUGACAGAAAGAGAAAAUCCAGCGAAGAUAAAUCGAGAAGAAGAUCUCGCUCGAGAAGUAAGUCUCCAGUUAAGAGCCAUUUCUCACCUACCAAACCGGCGCCUCCAGUCGAAGUCCCAUCCACCCUACCCACUGGAUUUAGUCCCAGUGUCAAACCUCCACCAGUGAGCCCGGCUUUUAUCCCACCGUUAAUGGGCAUCAAUGUUGGUCCUGUUGACUUGCCUCCAAGACCGAGCACCAGCAGUGAACUGGCCAUUGAGCAAAUAAAUGCGCUAUCUCGUAGCUCUUUGAUACGUAGUAGUGUGAAAGCCGCGCAGCUGGAGAAGAUGGGAAUUGAUGUGCUGCAGCAGAGCAAGAAAGCAUCCGAGUCUGUUCCGUUGCCUGCGUACUACAAUCCAGGCGUCGUAAAUCCUGUCAGGUAUGCUGAUCAAGUACAAAAGAGGAAACUACUUUGGGGUAACAAAACUGCCGAGAGCAAAGACGUUUCAACAAAUAUCAGCAAAUGGGAACAGGCAAAGUUCUCCCAAGACAAAGAUGGCAAAAUGGCAUCCAAGUUCUUACGUCUGAUGGGAGUAAAAGAUGGUCACAAGCCCACUUCAGGGGAUGAGGCCAAGCCUGGUAGCACCUCCGGGGACAGCAUUAACAAACAGGAAGAACUUUUCUCGACUAUGGAACAACAGUAUGAAGUAGCACGACAGGUGACCCAUACGAUGCGUGGCGUUGGGCUCGGUUUCGGUUCUCAACCACGGACCUUCUGAGGUGCCUGUUUGAAAAGUAGGCAUGUGUAUAGUCUCUCCGCUUAAUGUUUCGUUUCCUUAAUAUCCAAAAAAGAAGUAAAUCGCGCCAAAUUCGUGCAAACGAAUCAGGAAAUUUGUGAAAUCCUGGUUUUAAAUGGAUCUUGGCGGGGGUGGUACAUUUAGUAGAGUUUCAUUAGUAGUUGUCCACCACCAUCUAGAUUGAAGAUCUGAUGAGAAUAUUUGAAUGUUAGGGGACAUGAUACACAUGCAAUAUUAAUGUUGAGUCAAAAUUUUCAUUUCGAAAAUGCAUGAAUGCUGCACUGAAUUUACAUAACAAAGAUGUAAUGAUCCUAGAUGGAUACAAAAUAUAAAUUUAAUGGGUA